CUUCCACCCGGGCACGGUGGGGUGAGCGCUGCCUGCUUCCCCCCUGCUGAUGGAUGCUGCAGCCAGCAGCCCCCUCGGCUGGCUCUGUGCAGGUGCCACCAGGCUUUUUGGGGUCACCAUGGCCCGCAGGAGCCCGCUGCACAGAGCCAAGGUGCUGCUCUGCAGCCUCCUGCCUGCCCUGCUGUGCGUGGCCACGCUGGGGGCUGGCCAGGGGCUGGGGGUGUUUGUGGCCAUGUGCCUGCUCUGCUCCGUGUGCCUGGGGGACAGGGACCUGCUGCCCGUGGGGGACAGAGCCGUGCUCAUCACAGGAAGUGACACUGGGAUUGGACAUGCCCUGGCUAAGCACCUGGACAGCCUGGGGUUCGUUGUGUUUGCUGGGGUUUUGGACAAGGAUGGCCCCGGGGCUGCGGAGCUGCGGCGCUCCUGCUCCCAGAGACUCUGUGUCCUGCAGCUGGACAUCACCAACACCAGCCAGGUCAGGGAGGCCUACCUGACAGUCUCACAGAAGGUGCAGAAUGCAGGGCUCUGGGGUGUCGUGAACAAUGCAGGAAUCCUGGGCUUCCCUGCUGAUGGGGAGCUGCUCCCCAUGAGCACCUACAGGCACUGCAUGGAAGUGAACUUCUUUGGGGCUGUGGAGGUGUCCAAGACCUUCUUGCCGUUGCUGAGGAAGUCACAGGGGAGGCUGGUGAACAUGUCCAGCAUGGCAGGAGGCAUUCCACUACCGAGGUACGCAGCGUACGGGGCAUCCAAAGCAGCUCUGUCCAUGUUUUCUGGAGUAAUGAGGCAAGAGCUUUCCAAAUGGGGCAUUAAAGUCAUGGCAAUUCAUCCAUCAGGCUUCAGAACAGGUAUCGAAGGCACAGCAGAGCAGUGGGACAGGCAGGAGAAGGAGCUGAUGGAGAACCUCCCUGCAGACACCAGGCAGGCCUAUGGCGAGGAAUAUCUCCUGGGGCUGAGGGAUUACCUGCUCCACCUGCCCUCCCACUGUGCCCCCGACCUGUCCCCUGUGCUGGGCUCUGUCCUGCAUGCUCUGCUGGCCAGGAGACCCCAGGGCCUCUACACCCCUGGCAAGGGAGCCUACGCCCCCCUCUGCAUCUUCUGCUGCUUCCCCCUCUGGUUCUACGACUUCUUCAUCAGCAAGGUGCUGAGUGCUGGCUCUGUCCCAAGGCAGCUGAGGACAUCAGGAGACGAAGGCAAGAACCUCUGAGGUGCCCACUGGUGUUUGUCUCACCGAUGAGGGAGCUGGGAAGAGCUCUGGACAGACACUGCUGCUUAUUGUGCUUUGUUAAUUGCAUUAACAUUAAAUCUUUGUGUUAAGAGUCAUGUUUGGGAAAAGCAGUGGGUAAGCAUAAAUAGAAAGCUAUUCCCAGAUGGGGCAUUUUUUGAGGAAUUUCAGUAUUUUCUUGUUGUCUUUGUGUCCUGCUUUCUGUGUAAGGUACCUCAUGAAAUUAUAUAAUUCCUGUCUGCUUCUAAGGGCAUCACCAACAUGCAGAGAUGCAGAACAUGUUUUGUUAAAGCAAAACCAAAACCUCUAGAGAGUCACCAGCCUGAACUCUUGUAAAAAGUUAAAUAUAUUCCUGUUGUUGAAGAGACUUAGAACUGUAUAAUGCAAGUCUUUUUCUCUACAGCUUCAGCCUAAUGUGUUUGGGGUCUGGUGUUUUCAUUCUGUUGCUGUUGAACCUGAGAAAUGAUUGUCCUUUCCCCCCAAAUUUUGUAAUGUAUACAUUCAGUUUCAAUGCAUAGUUUUAAAGUUUGUAAUGUGUUCUCUUUGCUAGAAUAAGCAACAUAAAUUGGUUGGGGGGGAAUGGAUGGAGACAGAUCAAGAUCUUUAUGAAGAGAGAAACAAUUUCCUUCCUACAGUACUAAAAAUAGUCAUGGUGGGUGUAUCAGCUGCUAUUUUGAUCUGUCUGGUCAUUCUGUGCAUUGCCUGUAUAUGCCUGUGCUUAUCUAAUUGUGAGUAAACUCUGAUGUCACUUC